GGCGCGGGUGCCGUCGCGGAGCGUGGUCUCCGUCGCCAGGAGCCCCCUGCCGCUCUCAGCGGGCAGCGGGGCACCGCCCGAGCGGGUCAGGAUGAAGCAUGAGGAUUCGAUGUGUACCAGCCCGGGUGUCGGGGGUCCUCCCGUGGCUUCGCGGGAGACGGCGGAGGCAGUGACCAAAGGAGCGGAGCCCUGGCGCUGCCCCAAGCCGGCCACGUACACCCCGGGGACCUGCGAGCUGCUCCGAGUGAUGAUGAAAGAAUCCAAGCUGACCAACUUCCAGCAGCGCCACCUCAGGGACACCAUGAAAAGAGGGGACGCUUUGCCUCUGCAGUGUAGCCCGACGUCCAGCCAGAGGGGCUCACCUUGCAGGCAGCCGGCCCCGGCCAUCUACCUGCCCCCCAUCCUGGCGGCCCGGCCCCACCUGCGGCCCGCCGGCCUCUGCCAAGCCAACGGGGCCUACAGCCGGGAGCAGUUCAAGCCUCGGGCCACGAGAGACCUGGAGAAGGAGAAGCGGAGACUCCAAGACCUCUUUGCCAAGGGGAAGGACACAGAGGGACGGAGGAGAAAGGCACCUCCGGCGCGGCGGGACCCGAGCCCCAAGCUGGACCGCUUUGAAGAAUUGGUGAAGGAAAUCCAGGAGAGGAAAGAAUUCCUGGCCGCCAUGGAGGCCCUGGGACAGGGCAAGCAGUACCGAGCCAUCAUCCUCACCGAGAUCUCCCAGAAACUGCGGGAGAUGGAAGACAUUGACCGCAAGCGGAGCGAGGAGCUUCGGAGGGCUCUUGCCAUCGCUUAAUCAGCCCUGGAGCCCG